CAGCGGGAUGAGCCGCCUCACAAGAUCUCAAAGCUUGCAAUUGCUGCUGAGGCAGACCAAGACCGGUAUAUUAUCAGCAAGCGUGUUGUCUGUUAUUCUUGUUCCCAUGAUGGUAUCGAUCCAUCCCGCGGGAACCUAGCGGCGGUCAUUGAUGGGGUGAUGACAGCAAUGACCUUUUCGAAGAGAGAAGAGGUUAAGGCGUGGGAGCAGGAAUUCAUUCCUUGCAAACAUACUAUCUCUUUAAUUCAAUGGGAUUCAAGAAAUAUUGAAUCUAAAGAUUUCAUCCAGUGUUCCAUGUGCAACUUGAAAGAAAAUCUUUGGCUAUGCCUAGAAUGUGGCAAUAUUGGCUGUGGCCGUAGUCAGUUCGGUGGCGUGGGGGGGAAUUCACAUGCUCUCGCCCAUUCGGACAACCAGUCACAUAGCGUUGCAGUAAAACUUGGCUCAAUAACUGCAGAAGGCUCUGCAGAUAUCUAUUGCUAUACAUGCAACGAAGAAAGAACAGAUCCGAAUCUCGCUACCCACCUUGCCCAUUGGGGGAUCAAUCUAGCGGGCCGAGAGAAGACAGAGAAGAGUCUAAUGGAAAUGCAAAUUGAGCACAAUAUGAAAUGGGACUUCUCUAUGACAACCGAAGAUGGCCAUGAGCUCAUUUCCGUGUUUGGCCCUGGCUUGACUGGCCUUGCUAACUUAGGAAAUAGUUGCUAUCUCUCUAGUGUCAUCCAGUGCCUCUAUGAUUUACCCGAAUUCCAAGAAAGAUAUUUUCAUCCCGACAUGAAGCCACCUUUUGCAGGGAAGCCGGCCGAGGACCUUGAGACACAGCUACGAAAGCUGGCCGAUGGCCUACUGUCCGGUAGAUAUUCGCGACCUGGUACUGAUAACAAGCCUUCACCUGAUGUAUCUGAAGUUUCGCAUCAGAAAGGCUUAGCACCAGCUAUGUUCAAACAUCUCAUUGGCCGUGGUCAUGAAGAAUUUUCGACGAUGCGACAACAGGAUGCGUUUGAAUUCAUGCUUCACCUCUUCAAGGCGAUAAGCCUAUCGAAACAUCCCGAGGGCAUGGCUAAUCCUGUUGAAUCCUUCGGGUUUUCUAUGGAGCAACGUCUUCAAUGCCUACACUGCGGAGGGGUUCGUUACAGGACGGAUGAGCAGGAUAACAUCUCUCUCCCCGUUCCAGCUCGUCGUCUAUCUCAAGGAAGUUCAAAUUCAGCAUCGGAAUUCGAAACCGUGACACUUUUGGACUGCCUUGAUGUUUUCACUUCUGAAGAGGUAGUUGAGCUCAGCUGUCCCUCAUGCGGCAGCAGUAACGGUUUUUCCAAACGCUGCCUGUUCAAGACCUUGCCACGGGAGCUGGUCAUCAAUGCUCGGCGGUUCGAGUUGGUAAAUUGGGUACCCACAAAGCUGGAAAUCCCUGUCGAGGUUGAUGAAGACCCGAUUGAUCUCAGUUCUUAUAUCUCUUCUGGGCCGAAAGAAGACGAGGUCAUUCUUCCCGAUAUUGAAUCCACGGAGGGCACAUUUAAUCCCGAUAAAUCUGCUAUGGAACAGCUACUCGGGAUGGGUUUCCCCGAAACAAGGAGCGCGAGGGCGCUUUAUAUGACAGGAAAUUCGAGUUCUGAAGACGCCUUGAAUUGGCUUUUCGCUCAUAUGGAAGACCCGGAUAUUGAUGAGCCCUUUGAUAAGGUUCUUCUCAAUGACCGCCCGAGAGGAGAUACACAGGACCCGGCGAAAGUGGCUCAACUUGGUGAAAUGGGCAUCGGCUUGGAAAAUGCCAGGAUAGCGCUAGCAGCCACUGACGGUGAUGUCAAUAGAGCAAUUGACUGGGUUUUCACGCAUCCGCGAGAUUCAGUGGACACUGCUGGCCUUGAGUCUGAUGGGACUCGCACCCUAGGGUUCGAUACUAUCCCUGCAAGAUAUCAACUUCGGUCAAUAGUUUGCCACAAGGGGUCUUCUGUGCAUGCUGGCCAUUAUGUUGCAGUUGUUCGAAAAGAUCUGCCUGAAACCGGUGUCUCUUGGGUUAUGUUCAAUGAUGAGAAGGUUGUUCAGGUGGAUGACAUACAGGAUAUGAAGAAGUUUGCGUACCUGUACUUUUUCACACGGGUCUGA